AUGAUCGCCCAAGUCGAAUCUGCCCAGCAACCCGUCUGGCAUCGAGCAUCGAGUGUUGCAGUGCACCGACCAUGGUCAGAUCGGUUCACUCUACGCCAUACACUGCCACCUUGGCGCUCAACCGAACUGACUGACAUCACUCUCUCUUUCCGUCUAGAACCAAGCCGAUCUCGAUGCCCUCCUGGCCCAACUGCGCUCGACGCAGGAUCACGUCCUCCCCGAAGCUGUUCGGCCGCGAAUUGCGCUUGCUUCCUCGUCGUACAGCUCUACCUCCUCCGCACGAACCGCUCCGAGUGCAGGAGCUCCACCACCGCCGAAGAAGGACCUCUCACGCCUCACCUUCCCCGAAUCGCUGCCCCUCCUUCGCCAGAUCGCCGUCAACGAACCGUCGACGUUGGCUCAGCUCCAGACCCUACAAAAGGAGCAACACGCCGUCGAACGCAAGUGGUUUCUAGAACGAAACGAAUGGGAGGCACAGGGCAAGAGGAAGGGCAUAAAGUGCGUGGUAGAAUUCCUUCAUCGUGUGCGAUUCAGAACGAACAAAGCUGACCGGCAGAUUCGAACCCGACAGCGCACCGGGCAUGGUCGCGAGGAUGAAGCUCUUUGAUCGCGCCUUGCUUCAGCGCUGGCGCGAGUAUCAACUCUCACAACAGGCCAAACUCGUCGAGGUCAGUCACCCUCUUUAAACGCAAACCCGUCCUCGCUCCCCCAUGCCAAUCGACUCCGGACCUGACCAUCGUGCACUCGCCUCCAGCUCGGCAUCCCGUGCUUCAGUGUCGGCACCGACGACGCCAAAGCCUUGGUCAAGAUGGAGAGGGUCAUGAACGUCGUCGUCGGCAUGUUGGACGAUCAACAAGAAGCCGACCAGGAAGCCCAACGCCAAGGAGGGGGCGAUUCAUCCUUUUGA